AUGAGAAGGUUCUCUCGUAUCUGGUUUCUCUGGAUGAAGGCUGCGAUAUGGCGCGGCCUCAUGGCCGUCGGGAUGAAAUUCCACCACGCCGCCCACCCAAAACCCCCCUCUCCCAACUUCAAGAUAGUGAUCCCGUCACGACUAUCAGCAGUCGGGGGCCAGUUCAAGCUCGUCUUCUACGUCCCGCCCUCCUACUACCAGACCGAUGAGGCGUACCGCUUCCCCGUCGUCGUCAACUUCCAUGGCGGCGGCUUCACGCUGGGUACGGGCACUGACGACGCACGCUGGGCAGACGCAGUCCUGAAGAAUGUCGACGCCAUUCUCGUCUCGGUUGAAUACAGGUUGGCUCCCGAAUACCCCUUCAGCAUCGGCGUGGAAGACGGCACAGACGCCAUGAUCUAUCUCGCCUCUCACGCCGAGGAGCUGCGAAUCGACCCCCACCGCAUGGCCCUCUCGGGCUUCAGCGCCGGUGGGAACUUCGCCUUCACGGUCCCCCUCAUGCUCCACGACCUCCAGAACGACGCCGGCAGGCGCAGCUUACACGCCGAGACCAACACGCAUGCCCUGCACAAAUACAAAUCCACAUCCACCCUCAGUCUCUCCCGCACAACAAUUGUCCGCACAAACUCCUCGCACUCCAUCUUAAAGCUCUCCGAUCUCGAGCCCACGGCACUAGAAAUUGACCAGCAGAUCCCCGACCUCACGAUCUGCGCAAUCGUCUCCUUCUACCCACCUACCGACUUCCGCCGCACUAGAGCCGAGAAGCGUAUCACGAACCCCGCGCCGGAAAAGAAUCUCCCGCCCAUGCUCACGAACCUGUUCGACCAGUCCUAUUUGCCUGACUGUGACAUCGACCUCUCAGACCCUUACCUGUCCCCUAUAACGGCGUCCGAUGCCGUCCUACGCGACGCCUACCCCGAGGACAUUAUUCUCUACACCUGCGAAUAUGACAUGCUGAACCACGAAGGUAUUGCCUUCGGCGAACGCCUUUCCUCUUAUCCCAUAGACAAAACGCUUCACGGGGGUCUCAUUCGAGCUGUUCCGCACGCCUUUGACAAGAAGCCUAACCCACUCCAUUUCCCCGAGGCGGCGGACAAAUGUUAUAACGAAGCAUGUGCGCAUCUGAGGAGGGUAUUUGGGGGCAGCGCCAGCAUCGAGGAACGUACGCAACUGGACACGGUGGAGAUGGUAGAGCGAUUUGAGGACGAGGAAGCCGAGGCGGGGAAGAGGGUUGCAAAGGGAAAGGAAAGGGAGAGGGCGGAGGAUAGGGACUAUUUGAAUAAGGGGCCGUACGUCUACGGACUGUGA